AUGACCUCGCCUAUUGCGAGGAGUGUUUGGAUCAGUUUAUACAAGCAGUUAGAGAGAGAAGCGUCUAAGUUUCCACAGUACAACUACCGCGAAUUCGCUAAGCGUCGGAUUAGAGAUCACUUCGAAGCCAACCGUGGUGUCACCGAUCCUAUACGUCAGGAAGAACUACUUAAAGUAAAUUUACCAUGUUUGUUUUCAGGAAAACAGUUUGGAUGA